CUCUUGUUUGGAGCAGCGAUUCCACGGAGGGGCUGAGACCCGCAACAGCCUGCGCUAACCGAGGGCGAGUCUGAACCAUUUCAUCCUCUGGAUUUUACGCGCAACCGGACUAUUUUUUUUCCUGCGUUUUUUUCCCACGUUUGUGUGAGGACAAGAGCAAAAAAAGAAGAAUCACUCGUAAAAGGCAACUGCGUGGCCACGCUCUCCCUCCCACCCCAGCCGAGGUCGUCUAGCUGGAGAUCCAUUCUCUUGCGUGGCACAAGUCUGGUAUUUUCUUUCAGCUGCAGACCCAGACUGACUGAGGGGAUCAGUCCAAGAGGAGCUAACGGGAGAAAUUUGGUUUUUAAACCGAGCAGGAACUGCUCUGCGGGGAUCUUACUAUACCCUGUUCUUGCUGGAUGGCAUAGGCAAAAACGGGUGGGGGGGGGGGUUCAUUCAUUUUUCAGCCCCUCUCAGCCACCACCCCUGUGGAUCUGUCCGUGUGUUUUUUUUCCACCCUCCUCUUCCAUCAUUCAGCCUUGUUCACGAGUGGAAUGCUGUGAACGAUUUAUUGGGCUGCUCGUGGAAUUAUAAAUAAUAAUAGUAAAAAGAAAUCUAGGCAGACUUGUGUUUUUAUUAUCCACGCUAGGCCUUAACACACUGGAGGCGCACUGCUGUUUUUAAGAGAUGGAGAAUGAAGAUGGGGAUUACCAUCAUUUAUCCAGGAAAAUCAUUGGCCCGUGUGCCACACCAGCCAAAGUGUACAGUGAUCGGCAAAAAUAGCAGACUGCAUUUUUGGGAUUUUUCUUUUCGAUCAAAAACGCCUCCCCUCUCCAAUCAAAUCGCAUUUAUUUAUAUUUUGAAGUAGAUCUACAUAAAAAAACAACAACAACACACGUUUGGUGGCUGCUAAAGGGUAGCCUUUCGGGCUACAGACAUUUAUUAUUCCUUUUUUUAUUUUUUUCAAUUCCUGUUUUUAUUUUAAUGUGCAGGAUCUCUUGCAAGGGGUGGACGUGUACGAACCAGUUAUUUUUAUUUUUAUUUUUUUUGCGUUUUUUGAAAGGAAAAUAAUGAACGAGGGAGCAGAAACAUCGAUGGGUAGCCUGACCUUGUUUUGGGGUUUGCUGCUGUUUUUUUCUUCUGUCUGCGUGCGAUCCACUCAUGGAGAGAUCUGUAGCCCGAGUAUUGACAUCCGGAAUUACAUAAGUGAAUUCCAGGCUCUUGAGAACUGCACAGUGUUGGAAGGUUUCCUACAAAUCGUUUUAAUCAAUGAAAAGACAAGCAACAUCAAUCAGGAGGUCUUCCGCACCCUCAGCUUCCCGAAGCUGACAGUCAUCACCGACUAUCUGCUGCUGUUCCGCGUUCCUGGCCUGGAUAGCCUCAGCACGCUCUUCCCCAACUUGAGCGUCAUUAGGGGCCGUAAUCUCUUAUAUGGAAAUGCUUUGGUGAUCUAUGAGAUGACCAACCUAAAGGACAUUGGCCUUUACAACCUGAUGAACAUCACCCGUGGGACAGUGCAGAUUGAAAAGAACCCAGAGCUCUGUUUCCUGGACUCAGUGGACUGGUCUCUGAUCAUGGACAGCAAUGUUAAUAAUGUUAUAACCGGGAACAAGAAGUCAAAGGAGUGUGAUGAUGUCUGCCCAGGCACAAUGGAGGACAACCCUACAUGUCAGAGGACAUUGGUCAAAGGCAACAAUGACCACCGCUGCUGGACAUCAAAGCAUUGUCAGAAAGUGUGUCCUCAGCAAUGCAAGUUGGCCUGUAUGGACAAUGGGGAGUGUUGCCACAGUCAAUGCUUGGGGGGCUGCUCCGAACCCAACAACGACAUGGCCUGCUCGGCGUGCAUCCACUACAAACACGAGGGUCGCUGCGUGCCGGACUGUCCUGGAGGCACCUUCAUGUUCGAGGGCUGGCGUUGCAUCACCAAGAGGGAGUGCUCUGAAGUGCACCUCUCCAAUGACAUUCCCUUUGUUAUCCACAACAGAGAAUGUAUGAAUGAGUGUCCCUCUGGCUUCACUCGCAGUGAAACUGAUCGCAUGCUGUGCACCGCUUGCAAUGGUCUGUGCGACAAGUUCUGUACGUCUUCUGUUAUUGAUUCUGUGGAUGCUGCUCAGUCCCUGAAGGAGUGCACCGUCAUCGAAGGCAAUCUGGUCAUCAACAUCCGCAACGGAAUUAAUAUAGCCUCGGAGCUGGAGACCUUCAUGGGACUGAUCCAGACAGUGAUGGGAUAUGUGAAAAUUCGACACUCUCACUCUCUCAGCUCGUUGUCCUUCCUCAAAAGCCUCCGAUACAUAAACGGAAAAGAACUUAUUGAAGACACAUAUUCGUUCUCCGCCGUCAACAACCAGAAUCUGCAGUCCUUGUGGAAUUGGACCCAGCACAACCUGACUAUUCAGACGGGGCGUAUCUUCUUCCGUGGAAACCCAAAGCUCUGCAAGUCUGAGAUUCACGCCAUGUGGGAAAAAACGGGCAUAGCUGUAGAGCCAGAAGAGGGUGAUUUCCGCUACAACGGUGAAAGAGCCAGCUGUGAAAGUCACACCUUGAAGUUCAAGUCUAACUUUACAACAAGCAACACGAUCACCCUGACGUGGGAACGCUACCAAGUCUCCGACCGUGGAGAUCUUUUAAGCUUCAUAGUCUACUACAAGGAGUCACCUUCCCAGAAUAUCACAGAGUUUGAUGGCCAGGAUGGCUGUGGCUCCAAUAGCUGGCACAUGGUGGACGUAGACCUUCCACAGGACAGAAAUACAGAUCCCAAAUUUACUCUUCAAUAUCUCAAGCCCUGGACCCAGUACGCCAUUUAUGUGAAAGCCACCACCUUGCAGAUGAAGGACGAACACAUCUCUGGGGCGAAGAGCGACAUCAUUUAUAUCCGCACGCGACCUUCAUUGCCGUCCGUGCCCAAAGAUGCCCAUGCAUAUGCCAACUCUUCAACCAAGUUGAUAGUGAAGUGGUCACCUCCAGUUUUUCCCAACGGCAAUCACAUUUACUACCUGGUGCGCUGGCAGCGGCAGCAUGAAGACCAGGAGCUCUACAAGUAUAAUUACUGCUCCAAAGGGCUGAAGUUACCAAUCCGGAGCCCAUCGUUAGAGCCCACAGAGGGGAAAGAUCACCUAACCCCCCCCAAAAUUACUCUGCCUGGAGAAAAAAUGGAACAGUGCUGUCCUUGCCAGAACACACCCGAAGAGAAGGACAAGGACAAGCAUGACCACUACUUUUUAAAAGCUUUUGAGAACUUCCUCCAUAAUGUCAUCUUUCUUCCAAGACCUCCAGAUCGUCGUCGCAGAGACCUUUUUGGUCUUGCUAACAACACUCAGUUUCACGACAGCAAUCGGGGCAAUACUACGCAUGGCUCAGGGGAUAACGGCACACAUGUCAUCCCUCCUGUCAUUGAGUAUCCCUUCCUUGAUGACAGAACAUCAGCAGAAUCUCUAGAAAUCUCUGACCUAAAGCCUUUCACCUUGUACCUUAUUGAAAUCCACGGCUGCAACGAGGACCUGGGCUACAACUGCAGCAUCGGAGCUUUUGUUUUUUCUAGGACUAAACCUGCCGCCAAAGCAGAUGACAUCCCUGGGAAGGUUGUCCAUGAACUCUGUGACAAGACUGAGGGGUGUGUGGUGCUGCACUGGUCAAAGCCCGUCAUGCCUAACGGACUUAUUCUGAUGUAUGAGAUUAAGUACCGUCUGGGGAAUGAGCCUGAGAAGCAUAAGUGUGUGUCGCAUCAGCAGUACCACAAAUACAACGGCGUUCGCUUGACGAUCCUGAGCUCCGGGAACUACUCUGCUCAAGUGAGGGCCACGUCUCUGGCAGGAAAUGGCUCGUGGACAGAGAGCAUUUUCUUCUACGUGCCUCCGCCUAAACGAGAUGAUUUUGCGACUCUCUACUUGGUCAUCAUCCUGCCCAUUAUAGCGACUCUCGUAAUCGCAAGCCUCACCACCAUUCUCCUCAUCAUCAACAAAAAGAGAAACAACAACAGACUUGGGAAUGGAGUCCUUUAUGCAUCUGUCAACCCAGAGUACAUCAGUGCGGCUGAAAUGUACACUCCAGAUGAGUGGGAGGUUGCCAGGGAAAAGAUCACCAUGCACAAGGAGCUGGGGCAGGGCUCCUUCGGCAUGGUGUACGAAGGCACAGCCAAAGGCGUCAUCAAGGAUGAACCUGAGACACGGGUGGCGAUCAAGACGGUGAACGAGUCAGCAAGCAUGAGGGAGCGGAUAGAGUUUCUGAACGAGGCGUCCGUGAUGAAAGAGUUCAACUGUCAUCAUGUGGUGCGGCUGCUGGGUGUGGUCUCUCAGGGACAACCAACCUUGGUUAUCAUGGAGUUGAUGACCCGUGGGGAUCUCAAGAGCCACCUCCGCUCUCUUCGUAAUGAAAACACCUCCUCUCAGGUCUUGCCCCCGCUGAAAAAGAUGAUCCAGAUGACAGGGGAGAUUGCAGAUGGCAUGGCUUACCUGAACGCCAACAAGUUUGUCCACAGAGACCUGGCUGCCAGGAACUGCAUGGUAGCGGAGGACUUCACGGUGAAGAUAGGAGAUUUUGGCAUGACCAGAGAUAUUUAUGAGACGGAUUACUAUCGAAAAGGAGGAAAGGGCCUGCUGCCAGUUCGCUGGAUGUCUCCAGAGUCACUGAAAGAUGGCGUCUUCACAACAAUGUCUGAUGUCUGGUCAUUUGGUGUCGUGCUGUGGGAGAUCGCCACCUUAGCUGAACAGCCUUACCAGGGCAUGUCCAAUGAACAAGUGCUGCGCUUUGUCAUGGAAGGGGGACUCCUGGACAAACCCGACAACUGCCCGGACAUGCUGUUUGAGCUGAUGAGGAUGUGCUGGCAGUACAACCCCAAGAUGCGUCCGUCCUUCCUGGAGAUCAUCAGCAGCAUCAAAGGGGAUCUGGAUCCCCACUUCCAGGAGGUGAGCUUCUUCUACAGUGAGGAGAACAAGCCGCCGGACAUGGAGGAGCUCGACAUGGAGGUGGAGAACAUGGAGAACAUUCCACUGGACCCUGUAUCUACCAGGCAACCAUCAGCUGCUGGCGUUCCCCCGUCUGGGUGUAUGGGAAGCAGGUCACCUCCUUCCUCGCAGCAGUUAUCCCCCUUGCAAGGCCCAAGUACUCCCUUACUAGGAUGUGUGUCCCAUUCGCCACCGGGGCCUCUGCCCUCGGCCAUGACGUCUUCGGGACAGGGCUCGGACAAGCACUCAGGACAUGCGUUGCCCAACGGGCCUGUGGUGGUCCUGCGGCCCAACUUUGAUGAGUUGGAGCCGUACGCACACAUGAACGGAGGCAGAAAGAACGAGCGGGCGUUACCGCUGCCCCAGUCGUCAGCCUGCUGAUAUCAGUCGAGCAUCUCCUCUUCCUCUCACACAGGGUAACUAAUACCUCUCAGUCUCUUCAGGAGAGUUGGGCGAGGUAAGAAAAUUACUUUGUUUCUACUGUGUGCCAGUAGAUGGGCUCUCCACUCCAUUUAAGGCGUGGAACGACCAGAGAACACAAACUCUGAGAACGGUAUAACAGCACAGAAACCUGCUGAGGCAUGUGGAGUUUGGUGGCUCAGACACAUUGGGGGACUCCUUCCUGUGUGGCCGACAUUGUUACAUACAAGCCCUUCAAGAAGGAAGGAUGUAUAUUGGCACACAGACUUCUACAUGAACUCAAGAAAAAAUCUUUUUAGCAUAUCUGCCAGCAAAACCAACAGAAGAGCACUUUUGCCCUGAGGAUUUCAGAGAGGAUGUGAUGAAUAUAUUGAGCGUCUAUUUAUAGAAUCCCAUCAUUCUCUCUACAUUAUGGUAAAGCUCCUCCUUUUUGUGAGCCAGCCGGGUUCAUGUUGUGUGGCAAAAUCUCCUUUAAAAAUAAGACUCUUAAAUAUUAUUAUUUUCUACGUGAUCCUGUCAGGUGUGGGUUAAAUUGGUAGGCCUGUUUUGUAUCUGCCAAACUUUUGCCAAAUCAAGCUUUUCCUUCAGUCUCCUAAGGGUGUCCUCUUUUUUGUUAAAAACUGUGAUUCAGAGUUAAUGACAAAUCAAAUCCUCCUGUGCAAUAAAGAAAAAAAAAUACUUGCCAUAUAACUUAGAAUGUUUUUACUAAAUUUAAAUGCAAUUGUUAACAGAUUAUGCUGGGCCAAAUAACACAUCAUAAGCAGAAGCCAGCCCAAACACAAUAUCAGGUACAAGACUUUACUUAAAGAAGUGACUGUCAGGUCAUAAGCAGCCACAAUAUUGUGAUUGGAGAUGGAGAAUGCAGACUUUGAAUUUGAUUGCACUAUUUUGUGCUAUUUAUGUUGAUAGCGAUAAAAGCUGAUAAUAAAUAAAUCAUUUUGGCUGUAAAUCUGUUACUACAUGCAGUCAGAUCCUCAAAAACAAACAUUGAAACUAAAACUACAAUACAGUAUUCAUUCCAAUCAAUCCUACUUUUAAAAAUAAUAACCACAAUGUAUGCAUCGAAAAAUAGUUCAUUAACUAUGAACUAUAGUCAAUAAAACUAAAGAUCAAUAAAAUUGAUCUUUAGUUCUGAACAACUAAACAACUGCUAUAUAAAAAUAUUUUAUCCCCCCAUAUUAAUUAAACAAAAAGUAGAUCAAGGUUUUAAACAUUCAUAUUCGAGGCAUAAAACAUAAGACACAGGACUGGGUGAUACAAUGUAAAAAUAUUUCAAUAUAUUUAUGAUUUAUAGCAUUACACAGCGAGACAUGUAAGUUCAUUCCUAAUCACUCUAAUUACAUUCAACCUCUGACUUCAGUGGCAAAACACAACUCAGAUUCAUCAGGUUAAUGAACGUUGCAGCUGUCCUCUCACAUAAUCCAGCAUUAGAAAUGACUUAACGAGUCUGGCUCCAAAGGUUAAGAUACUAUUUUUGUCUCAUUUUGAAAAGAUUAUAUUUGACUGGCAACUAUUUUUGCAAAAAACAUGUGAUAACUGAUAUUACAGGGAAAAUACAAAUCCGUUACCACUGACAGCUGACAAGAUUGCAAAACUUUUAACUACUAAACAAAAUAUCCAAAUAAACAACUGUUUGCACAGCAUGAGAGAGAAAACAUGGGACAUGCUUUGACACAUCAGCGAUUUAAACACAUGGGAAGUAAAUGGAAAAUCUCGGAAAAAAUCAUUACAAGUUACUCUGUAGGGUUUAAAAUUAACAAUACAGUACAAUCUGUCUAGAAACUGAUUAUGCAAUCAAUGUUUAGCAUAAUAUUUACACCUGCGACAGGCUAAGAGAUGGCAGAAUAAAAACUUUAAAAGCUGUUUCAUAAAGGCAUCAAAUUACUAACACUUUAUCGUUAGUACUGAGUAUUGAGAAAGGUCACAUAAAACUACUCUUUGUUUGCUGGCUGCCUAGUGUUGUAAGUGUUUUUUAUCUUUGUAGAUACUCUCAUCAAGACAAGGUGCCUUGACGGAUUUUUGCGCUGCAGCCCUCAACUAGUCUUUCCUCUUUUGCAAGAUUAUUAGCCAAAAUGUAGCUUUUAAUAAAACUUGAGCAGCUUUUGUGGCAAUGAGCUGAUGGCUCUCUCAUCCAGGAUGAUAAAAUGUCAGAGUUGUUUCAAGUGUAUCACUUCUCUAAAAGUUCAUGAUGCAGGACUGUUUUUAUUUGUAAACCUAUUUAUUUGUUAAUUUAGCAUCUGUCACUAAAAACUAAAUUGUUGGGCUGUUAUUUUUACCUUUGUUACAACUUGUAAACAGUCUGGAUGCUAAAGAGUUUUUUUUUUUAAUGGCUGGGGGAGAUCUGAGUAAGCGAUUUGAUCUGCAUUAGGGAAAAACAUAUUUAUCACCCAGUCCCAAGUCGAAUUACCAGAAACCACUUAAGCCUAAUCAAUUAAACAAUCAGUUCAAAAAGCAAUCCCAGAUGAGCCCCAAAAUUAUUAUGGCUGAAACUCAGUAACAAGACAGAAUUGCCCAGUUUGGCUGAAUUUUGGGAAAUUAAUAUAAACAGGAGAGAAAAAUGCUGAAAAUGCUGUGCUAGUAUUUGUAACAUGCCUCAUAUCAUGCAGCAUAGCUUGUGCUCUUUAACAAAGAGAAAGUACAGCUGUGACAUUACAUUGUUUCAAACUGAUGUAAAAAUGUGGUUUCUCACAGAAUGAACCAAAAAAUAUAACAUAUCAGCAUGAUACAGAUGCACUCAAAUCAUGUUAUAAAACAUUUGAAAAUCUGAUUAUAAUUUAUUAAUGACAUUCAACUACCAAUAGUACCUGCAGUUCUUGAAUCUAAUUCAAGAACUAAUAAAAAAUUUGUUCCACCUCCGGAAAAUCCCUUUUCACAUAUGUUUGGUCCAAAAAACAACAACUCUGAAUUACUAUCUCAGUCUAUUCUUUAGUUUGAAAUACAGUAUGUUUCAGUGCAAAUCAUUGGUCCUCUAGAGCUGGCAACCCAGCUUGUCACCCUGCUUUACUUUCUCAAAGUUUUGAGAUGAACAUUGUUCAGAUCCAGUGGUAUCAAAACCACAGCAACAAAUUGGAGGCAUCAAUUGAGAGGCUGUUGGAUCAGAUUUCGUAGCCUAGAGGCAAACGUUCAAGUCUCUAAAAAUGGUCAUUAUUGGUCUUUCUUGCAUUUCAAACACACAGGAAAGGUCUUACAGUUGCAUUUUAGACUGCAGGAUCAUUUUUAUACACAUCAUUGGGUUUUGUCACUUUUAAAAAAAAAUUAAAUACAACUUUUUUAUACUUUUAAAAAUGUUUGCCUCUAUGUCUGUACAGAACAAAGCUGCUAUUUUAUUCUUUUUCUCUUUUUGGAUGUUAUAUAUAUAAAUAUAUCUAUAUAUAGAGAACUCCUUCAGGUUUGCUAUUUUAUGAUCUCCACAGCAGUCCCUUUUUAUAUCUUUAAGCUCUGUUUAAAACAAAAAAUAAAAGAAAGUUACCCCUCAAGAUUUUGAGUAACACUAAAUUUCAUUCAUUGCCUUUUUUAAUGACUAUGUCUCUUGUUGUUUUGUCAAUAUAUAUAAUUAUUAGAGAUGAACAUGUUAGCUCGAUGUGUGAGCUUGUACUUCUACACCCUUUGUUUUGUUUUUUUCUAUUAUUAUUGUUUAGCACUGUGCCUAGUGUUGCCCCCUAGGUACGAUUUAAUCUCAGGUUAAAGUAAAGGCUUUGCUUUCCCCACACAUUCUCCUCUCCUUUACUUGCCUCACCUUUUGCCCCUUUCUAAGUCACCCCUCUCAUGUUUUCUAAAGUGAAACAGUUUCCUCUUCUCUUCCCUUUGCUGGUCUCUAACAGCAAACCUCCCCUCCCUGUGCCUCCUUUCAAAGUCAGGAUUAGCUCCGACAUACAAGACGGCACUUCAGACAAGAUCUGGUUUUGUAAACCCAUCCAUCUCAUGCCUAAUCUCCAGUAAAUAGGGCUAACUGGGUUCUCUUGUUUGCCUUAAAUAUGUCAACCAUAUACUCUAAGCAUUUAAAGUUUGCAAUUUUCAUUUUAUCCUCUCGAGCACAAAAUGACAUCACUCCUGCUAGUAUCAAAAUUUCAAGAUGAGAUUUCAAAAGCCACAUCUGAAAACCAAAUAAAGGAUGGGUUAAAGUCCAGGGAAGGGAACAAGUUUCAAUGUCACGAUUGAAAAUAAAAGGUCUUAAAAUGGCUGAAUAGUAAAAAGUGUGUUGAAGGAUUUCUAAUGUUGCCUGGUGAUUUUCUUUUUUUUUCUCCUCUUAAACUUAUUUUCCUUGUAGGAGUGUUUAUUUAUUUAUUGUUGUAUUUUCCUUCUGAAUACCAGUAAAAAUCACUGUAAAAAUGCCCCAUAAAUAAGUACAAACUUGGUUUAAUAUUUUUAUUAUUUUAUGUAUGCAUUGUCCUUGAUGUCAUGGCGAGUGUACUUGUUUUUUUUUUUCUUUUUUUUCUUCCAUUCAGGCAUAUAUCUACCUCACUCUUUUUAAAUAUGUGUAUAAGCAAAAACAAAUACAUCUCACUCUUAAAUUUUAGGAUAAACCUCACCUAGUUAAAUUUUUUUAAAAAUCCACAGGGAUCUAGAUAAAACCUCAUAUAAAGCAGACCGGGACAGAAGGUGGAAUGAGUUCGGCCUGUGAAUGCCCACACGACUGGUUUUACGAAAAAAUCAAGUUUCUAUCUCAAAUUUAGAAUAAAGACACCACAGAGCUGACAAAACUUCACUGUUUUUCAGCAGGAUCAUGAACAACCAUUGUGGAUCAGUAUGUGAUGAAACAGAGCCAAACAUUCCAUCUCCACUGAGUUCCGACCUAUUGUCACAACCUUCAACUCCUCAAAUCACAACCACCAGAAUCUCAUCAAAAAUGUAUUUAUAAAGAAAUCUUAAAAAGAUGACACAGGAAAUAUUAAGAAAGGGAAAUGGGUUAUUUACCUCCAAGAAUGAAAUAAAUAAAAAACACACCACAUAUGUAUGCGGUUCUACUUGCAGGUGAUAUGCCAUUUUAAAACCUUCACUUUAUUCCAAAACCGACAGCAUUUAAGUUCUGCCUGAAGUAUCAAUAAGUGUUGUGAAUGUAACAAGGACAGAUAUGUAGUUUUCACGCAAAGCAUCUAAGAAAAAGGAAAAUCUCACCUUGUACCUGUUUCUACCUUCUGUAAGCAUAAAAAAACACUUUUCGAUUAUAAGUGGCAGAGAGCUAAAAAGCCACUAUUUAGUUUUAUCAUUUCUGUAAACUCCAUGUGGUUCUUUGUCAUGUAUCGAUUAGAAAUGUUGUGUCCAUGUGAUUUUCUUAGUUUUGAUCUUUCAGACAUUACAAUGGAUAUAAAACGUUUACACACCGCUGGUAAAAUGCCAGAUUUCUGACAUGUUCAAGAGUUGGACCAAGAUAAACCAUUUCAGAGUUUUAACCCUCUCUAAUGUGACCCACUCAAAACACUGUUGUAAUGUAAAUGUGUCCCCAUUAAACUAUGUUGUAUGGGACCAUUCAAUCUAAGCUUCAAGGCAUGACUCUACCACCAUUUUGCAUCACUGAGUGUAUGAGUUUUUUUUUAUUUAUUUAUUUAUUUAUUUUUUGCUAAGGUGCCUUGUUUGUUCUAAACACCUUUUUAAAAACAUAGCCCCCCAAAAAUUAAACACUGGUUUUGUUGAACUGCAACACAUUUUCAUGUCAUGGGUUAGGGAAAUGUCAAAUGUGUUUUUGCAAAAUUGGAUUGGAUUCCAGUUUGUCAUUCUACUCCUUAGCCUAGACACAUAAAGAACACAGGAGACCAUCAUCUCACAUGCUACACAGUCAGUACUUGCCAGACUUCCUGACCAGUUUUCUUCUCGUCUUUCCACUAACUUCGGAUGUUGUCCAGUGUCUGGUAAUGUCAUUGUUGCGCCCCAAUUUCUCAACCUGAUGUUGACUCUUUGAACUGUGCUCCAUGGAAUAUCUAAAACCUUGGAAACUCUUUUGUGCUCUUCUCUCAAAGAUUUUUGGUUUGUUCUUCAAGUUUGUAGUACAUUAAAGGAGGAAAACGUUCUGACAUGGUUUAUCAUGAUUUCACUUUUUACAUAUAAGCAGGCAUGUUAACAGGGGUUGUGUUUCCACUGUAUCUAUACACACCACUUUUAGUGCUGCCGGUUUAGUCACCACAGUGGAUCUUACAGCAUCACCAAAAAUGUUAUCUGUACAAGGAAGCGAAGCAGCUCCAACACCUCAAAACCUCUUUCAAAGCCUCAGCUGCACGUUUUACUCAUGGCCAUUGGCAUAUUGACGGACUUGGAGGAAAGUGGGCUUUUUCUUUUCCUUUUUUUCAAAUUAGAAGUUACCCACAAGGUAACUUUUAAUGUAAAAGUUUGGUGCUCAGUCCUCUUAAUCAUGCAACUGAACAAUCUAUUCAUGUUUUUUAAAGAGCCAAGUUGCUGCUGAAUUUCUUUACAGAAACCACCACUGACAAGCAAAAAAGUUCAAGACGUUAACAUAUCUGUGUGUUUAUGUUUGUCCAGAAAUCGUUAAAUAUUUUUGUUUUUCAGUUCUUAGGAGUCACUGAUAUGCUAAGGGAGGAGCUACCAGUUACUAUUAGAUCCCAAACCUGUCAAAUCUGCAACAUUUCCAACAUGGACAGAGCCAGGAAAGGGAUGUUGCAUAAAUUACGGGUAGUUCAGGUAACAAGUGAACAACGUAGUUAGAAAAAAAUAAUUUAAAGUUUCGCAAGUCGUUCUUUAAUUUACUGUAGACUGUAACCAUAAUCAUACUCAUAUCCUUUCAAUUUUUUUCAUUAAAAAACGUCAGGUUUAUGGAGAAGGCAUCACAGCAGUCUCCUGCAAUAAUUAGGUUUGAGGUGUAUCGAUUCACUCAUGUCUGUUUUUGUUUUAUUUCAUCUGCAUUCCUAAAACCUUCGGAGGGGCCUUGGUCUUCUACUGCUACUACACUUAUUAAAUUCUGUGUUCAUAACUUGACAGGGGAAGAAUAAUCAAACUGUUUUCUCUAGUCUCUGUCUUCUUUUCAAGCUCUGUAUCUGAGGCCUCAAAGUUGUUUUUUCACACGUAUAGCUGAGAUGGUGUAUUUUUGACAAGCCGUCUCAAAAAUGUGUAUAAGAGAAUUUCUUGUAUUUUACUUUUUUCUGAAAUUUUGAAUAAAUAAGUAAAUGAGAA